AUGCCUAGGGUCUUACCAUGGCAGCGGUCCGGAACUGAGACUACAGUCAAGAAAGAAGCCACCCCAAGAAAGCGCGUCAAGACGGAGUCUGAGCUUGGCCGCGAUCUCACUCCCAGGAACCCCCCGAGCUCACCGUCAAAGCGCGAUUUCUUUCGAUCUUCUCAGUCCCCGCCAUCCUCUCCCGUCAAACAAUGUCCCCCCGAAGAGUUUUUAAUACCGGGUUUUGACCGGGAUGAUAUGUGGGUUAUGGUUGAGGACGAGUUCUAUGCUGUCGCGCAGACAUACACGCAACACCUUCACUAUGCGGAGUAUAGGAGACGAAGGAAGGAAGUGAAAGAAAGACACUCUACACUUGCAGCAGAAACCGAGCGACCCACGGACGAACGCACCCCUCUCCCGAGAGACGUUGAAAGGCGGAAAGAGAGUGAGGCCUUCAGGGAGAGACAAAAGGUCGGGCUUGCACAGGUUGCAAACGAGCCUCCGAACAAAGACGGCGACGACGGCGACGACGGCGACGAUGACCAACUAUGGGCCGGCACACACCUGCAAGAUUUCAUGUCGAGUCCACGGAAAUCGCGCUCCCUGUUCGGUCUUCAAUCGAGGAAGUCGUCUACUCGAGCUGCAGCGGGAUUUGGACAGGUGCCUGUGGCAGCGUCGACUCGGGCUAGAGUGAACAGCACUGGCAGCUUUACUUCGGCAAGCAGACGCCCAGCCAUUGAGGCGAUCGAGAUAGACGAGGAGACUGCAUCAGACUCGGACGAUGAUUUGGACCUUGAAGCUCACCAGGUGAUGGCCCCUCCACCGAGGAGAUCACAAUCAGCAGUGCAACACAAAAGCACACCUCGACCUCAUGAUCAAUCGCAUCUACGGAAUACGCCUACGCCAGAUGUGAAACCCACACCACUCAUUGCACGGCCCAUUUCGACACCUGGUUUCAAGUCAAGGAUGCAAUCGCUUUUUGAUGAUUUAGAUGAUCUACCAGAGCCAUCUGAAAUCGAAAAUAACACUACCUUUAACGCCAACCAAGUCUCCGUGAAACAGCAGCCUGACACAGCCGAACAUAACAAUUUAGACCCAAAAAAGCACCGGCACAAUGAAGUGCCCACAUUCUUGGUGUGA